UCUCCGUUGGAGUGUUAGUUCUCCUCUAAUGGCGGCCUUGAGAAAGCCAUUGCUCUUCUUACUACUUUUACCCCUAAUUUUCUCCCAAAUUACAUCUCAACCAUCGCCGGGAACUGUCGAAGUUGACUCAUCGGAUUUCGGUGAUGCUGCUCUCAAGCAUAAACUUGACCUCCUCAAGUCCAAGAGUUUGGCUUUAGAAUCGACUAUUGCUGAAAGAAUGCAUGAACCGAGAAACAAUGAUGAGAGUAUUAGGGAAAUGGAAACGACAAUUCAAGAUAAAUCAGACAGCAUGCAAUCUUCAGAGAAUGAGAUAGAAUAUUUACAGCGAAAAACAUCACCAGAUUCUAUGAAGCAGAUGAGUAACUUACAUGCAAGAGCUAUUGAACUUGAAAAGCAGGUUGACAACCUUAAACAGAAAUUAGAAGAUGUCCAUGGGGAGUGGCUUCCACAUUGGUUAGCUGUUCUCAUGUAUAAAUUUCAGUCCUGCCUGGCAUCGCAUUGGAAUGAACAUGGGAGACCUGCUUUAGACAUCACAAUCAUAAAAUCAUUAAGCAGUAGUGCCUUGGAAAAGAAAGAUCAACUUAAAAGUUGGACAGAGCCACAAAGUAGAACUGGUAAUUUGCAUUUGAUCCCAAUGAUGAAAGAUGGGUUGCCAAAAGUUCUAAACAUUUUUCGGUGGCUGCUUUCUAAAACAAUUGAUGUCUAUGGUGCAUCCAAGACCUUUUUGACACCACAUUUGGUCAAAGCAUGCACAGUAACAUAUCAUUACAUUCAAGUAAAUCAGCAUCAAGGUCAUACUUAUUUUGCAAAUUUCUAACUCCAU